AUGAGGCUGACCUCGCACACACCUCACUCAUCUGCAGCAGAUUUCAAAGUCGGCAAGCCAAAGCCCGUGCAAUCAAAAGCGCUGACUGGCUGGACACCACCAGCGCCCACAUUUCACUCUGGCGCCGGCGCAACCAAAAAGUUUUCUCGCCGAACAAGCGACGGUGUGGCAGACGAAAGCGUCCCGUCUGCGCUCAAAUGGCCGUCGGAUGCUUCGACGUUCAUCAAGAAUCCCUUUUCGCCGUUGAGUGCUCGCGCGCGAGCAAGUAUGGACAAUUGGUCCUUCUACAGCACUGAUAUGGAAAGUGACGGAGGUGCAAACGCUGCAUCGCGCGCUGGCGAGUCGUUGGUCAGUCCCAAGAGGUGAGCACGACCGCGCUGUGUUGGCUGCAAGGAGACUCGGUCAGGUCAUCAAGGUUGACACUCCAAGCUCUUUCGUCGCGCAGCCACACACCUCGCACGGCUGCUGUGAAGGCAUCACGGCGCUCAGUUGGACCGCAAAUCAAGCGCGCCGCGAUUCCACCCGCCCUUCAAUUGGCUUUGGACACUGUGCCACGCCAAGCCCGUCUGCCUGCCAAAUCUGGCUUCGAUGACAGCUCCGACGAGGAGGGAGUGGAAGAAGUUCAAGAGAUCACCUUUAGAGACACGCGCUACGAUUCGCACGAUGGCAGCAGCUCUCCCUUUGACGCACUGCGCUCGGCCGGAAGGUUCUUUCGUCAUGCGGACAUCGCAUCUGGCGACGCACCUUCACCGCGAAGAAAGAGCAAGAGCCUCAGCUUGUCCUUCAACGUCGGCCACAAGAGGCGUCAAUCUCGAAACGCAACGCCAAAACUUGCCAGAGCUUCGAUGGACGAUGACGACAUGGUGAGCGUACCCAUGACCCCCAACAGCGCGCCCAAGACUGCACCUUGCAUGCAACAUGGCCGCACCACAUCUACCUCACUUCAACAAAAGACCAACGCUGCCAACGCAUCACCAUCUGCUCAACCAUCGACUCCCGUCUCCAUUCGCGAUCUAAAACGAGCGUUGGCGUCGUCUCGUGCAGAAGCAUCAAGUACACCACUACCGACGUUUGCUUCAGCGUUAGUCGGAUCGAGUCCGCAAGCCAGGUCUCCUGCAUUGCAAGGCGCUUCGACCGCCAUCAAGACGAUCGAUCAACCUUCGGACAAGCUUCGCAUCGUAGCUCCACCUCCCUCGGCUCCUUUGCCUGCAAUCCCGCGCGUAGACGGUCAGCGCGGCUCCGGCUCGCCAGCGCCAUUUUCGGACAUGCUCGAUCGUCCGCCCAGUCCCAUCGACCCUUGGUUAUCACCAAUUCAGACACCCUCUUCCUUCAGCACGCACGCGGCACCUCCGGCUUUCUCUACUCCGAGCUCUUCAGACGGCAUCGUCUCGCGUCCGUCGCCAUCGAACCGGAAACAGCAGAGUCACUCGAGGAUCUACCCCAGCACUCUGCAGGUCGUCGAAGCGCCUCGUUCCAAGAUGCCAGCUCCUCUGAGACUCGCAUUUGACCCCAAACGUCGCCCCAAGGCUCAUCUGCAACAUCGCACGCCUGCCGUACAAAGCAUCUCGCAAGGACAGCCACGCACCUUUGGCACUCCCACAUCUGCCAUGCUCUGCACUCCUCUGGCAAGAUCGCCGACGAGGUUGGGAGCUGCCACCGUGGGCGCUGGUCUCUUGAAGGAUUGGCCUGGCGAUGAUGAGGUGGACCUGAAGCUUACACCUGCACCUAGCCGUAUGACUCUCGGUAAACAGAAGCCUGCACAGCAGGUUGCUCAUGCUGGCCAUCAGCCCAGCCUCAGGCGCAAGCUCUCCGCCGGGCAACAACAGCUGACCGCAAAGGUCACGCGCAGACUUGCCAACGCUCCAAAGGUCGCGUCUACACAGUCUUCGCCUGCGGCAUCCUUGAGAAGCCUCGCUUCCUAUGAUCGACCCUUGCCACCUACGCCUGUCAUCGAUGCAUCAACGAUCGAAGCGGACCUACUCAUGCCGCCUCUGGUCUAUACCAGCUCCUCCGCUUCGCUGUCGACAUCUUCUCUCGACUCCACCCUGUCAAAAGCCUCUUUUCAAGCUAAGCGAACCGAGGGCCUCCUCAUUGCGCUCGGUAUCGGCUCGGAGAAGCUCGAGGACGAUGGCAAGUACGUCAAGGUUAAAGACGCGCCGGCUUUCUAUUCCGAGACGCUCGAUGAUGAAGAGCUAUGUGAGGACCUCAAGCCGACACCUGUAGUAGCUGAGCACAUGGAGAAGGAGCUCGAAUACGCACAAGCUCUGCGCGGCGAUCGUCUGCGCGAUUUCAAAUUCGGAGGCAACACCAUUUCAUCGAGAGGCUCGACGUGCCAAAGCAAUUCCUUGAAGCCACUCCUGCUGGUGCGUAGCGCAAAUCAGACGUCCACAACGGCGCCCCGGUCAUCCUCUCAGUCUCGCACCUGGAGGCCAUCGCACGCCGGCACUGGGAUCAACAGCUCCUCUAGCGUGGGGUCGGUCGGCAUUCGCUACAACAAACCAGACGACUACACAUCCCUGACCCUCAGAGAAAGGCGCUUGAGCAGGUACGCGUUUGCAGCUUCUCAAGCUGGUCUGCCGUUCAGAUCAGCCAACAGUUCGGUCGUCGACGUGGCCAGUGUGGCAGAUCAAGACAGGGGCCACUCGCGCUCGGUAUCGCAGCAAGAACCGCGCCAAUGGGCUCGUUCGAGGUCUGAUUCGCUCGAAUCGUGUGUGCAAUCCGACAUUAGCAGCACAGCUUUUCACACGCGUCAUCCGUUUGGCCUCCUGCGCAACGAAGGGGAGGGUUCUGCUUGGAUCUCGAGCGAAUCGCUCAACGCGCAGUCGCCUGCAUCUUCUCUCAAGCCACUGCCAUUAGUGCCAGCUGACGUGGUGCACGACGCACAUAAACCUGACAGCGAGGUCAUGAUGGGUCGUUCCAGCUCGCAUGCACAAAUUGGAGCGCCAAAUUACCGAAACGCGCUUUCUGAGGAGGAGGAUGAUCAAGAUGGACCAAUCAUGUUUGACGUCUCUACCAGUCCCAUCAUGGGUCAGAGGAACUCUCUUCGACCUUCCUGCUCCGACUCGAGCAUUGUCGAACAAUACACAAGCGAGAUGCACCAUGCCGAGGAUGGAAUGGACAGUUUAGGUCUCAGGAUGUGUCAAGUGCGCGACGAAUCGGCUCAAAGUCAGAGGGUACGAUUCAACACUAGAGCUUUGACUAGCUCAACCAGGCGCAGACUAUGCGAAGCUUACAAGAAACACAAGAAGGCUGCACCUUCCAACGUGAGCAGCGUUCAGACAGAGGACGAGUAA